AUGACCGAUUUAUUUUUGACACAUCAGGAUGCUUUGGCAGGAUUGGAUCCAGCUUUCAUCAAGGAGAAUCCGGAAUUUGUUGAAGCUUAUGGAAAUAUUAAUUUAAAGGAUAUUGGGGCAUUGAAUACAGUAUUGAAGUCAGUUGAUCAAUUAUUGAAAAAGUAUGCUACUCCAAAUGAUAAGAUCAAGAAUACUGUGGAAAUAAUAUUUAGACAAAUCCUCUCGAGGUAUCCUUUAUUAUUUGGUUAUUGGAAGCGAUUUACUGCUAUUGAAUAUCAAUUUCAUGGUCUUGAGACUUCAUUAAAAACAUUAGAAAAUGCGACGGAAUCCUUCCCACAUAGUGUAGACUUAUGGUGUGAUUACUUAAAAGUGUUAAUUGUUAACUAUCCAAAGGAAUCAGAACUAAUAAAACGCAAGAUCGAUAAAGCUAAAGAACUCGUUGGUUGGCAGUUUUAUUCUCAUCCAUUUUGGGAUUUAAUAUUAGAUUAUUAUUUAAAAACGGAAACAGAUGUUAUUCAGUUAUAUCAUGAACUAAUAUCUAUACCACUCCACCAAUAUGCAAAAUAUAUUACUGCAUUUAAAAAACUCCUAACAGAAAGAAAGCUUACUGAGGACAUUAAGAAAGUGGAUGCAAUGGGGAAACAAAAUCAAAUAAUGGUAAAUCAAAUAUGGCGUUUUGAAAGUUUGAUUAAACAGAAUUACUUUAAUUUGACUCCACUGCCACCAUCAGAAGUUGAGAAUUGGAUAAAUUAUACUCAAUUUCUAACGAAAACUUAUUGCGAUAAGCCACAACUCAUUAGAUCAGUAUUCCAAAGAAGUUUAAUCCCAUGUUGCUUUGUUGAAAAGAUAUGGGUACGAUAUUUAACCUGGAAUCAGUCUAUCGACACCACAAAAGAUUUAUCUAAACUUGAUGAUCUUAUUCAGUUAUAUGAAAAAGGUUGUAGAACGUUACCUAAAACUACACAUGAAUUCCGAUGGAUGUUUAUUGAUCGUUUAGAAAAGAGUUAUGCAUCUAAUGAGAAGGCUGGGAAAGUGCUCAUUUUCACAUCGUUUUGUAAAUGUAUUAAAAAUAUGAUUGAGAUAUGGCCCUAUAGACAGGAUCAGAUUAAAUCUAUGGAAACCUACCUGAGAAUGUUAAAAAUAUCUAAGUAUUACUCUUCCUUAGAUACGCCUUCAAAGCAACUUAUAUCACAACAAACUACAUAUUCCAAAUAUCUGGAAACCUGUAUUAACAAUUUUAUUUCCGACAGAGUAGAUCAUUCAAUUGUGCUAGAAGACCUUAUAAAUGAACGUAAUUUAGCUGUUGUCGUAGUAGAACUCAUUAGAACAACGUGGUUGGUUCUUAAAAAGACAUUACAAACAAGAAAAUAUUUUAAUCACUUUUCUAAACAUCCAUCAUUAAGAACAUCCGUGGACUUUUGGGCAAUAUAUUAUAAUUUUGAAAAAUCAACCAAGAAUUUUGUCAGGUUAAAUAGUUUUGUUAGCGGAUUAGGCACAGAUUUACUAUUACCGACAUCUUUCAUUAAUGACAUAAUAAAUGAUUAUAAAAUAUUUUACUUAUUAAAUUCAAAUAUUACAGAAUAUCAAACAGGUAAAAUCGGGCCAACCUCAUCUCAUAAUUCAGAAUCUGCAGUCAUACUGGAUCCGAUACUUGAAAUUGGUUUUAAGAUUAACAAUCCGAAAUGGACAAGAAAAAUAUCAAAUAACGGUAGAAUUAACAAAAUAGAUGCGUACAAAAAUUCGCAAUAUAAAGAAAAUGGCCAUCCAGGUAUAGUCUCAGACACACCUCAGAUAACUAAUUCAAUAAUUCAGCGCCGUUCAAAAUCCUUUAAAAAUAUUUUACCAGGGCUACCAACCUUUAGAAACCUUGAGAAAAUUAACCAAAUAGGUAAUUAUAGAGAUUACUAUUCAGAAGAUAUCUUGAAUUCUAAGCAAUAG